GCAUCAAACUUUUUGAUUUUUUUAUUAUUUGAUCGUCACCGUGAUUUCUACUCUUUUUAUAUUCAUUUCAUUUUCAUUCCAUUUUGAUUGAUUGAUACGAAUCAAAAAAACAAAAAUGUUUGGCCAAAGUACUUCUACAGGUACAUUCGGUCAACCUUCAGCAUUCAAUACAACGGUUACACCGUUUGGCAGUAUUGGUAAUACUGGUCAACCACAAUCAACAUUAUUUGGACAAACUGGUCAACAACAACAACAAACACAAUUAUUUGGUAAUACUGGUUUGCAACAGCCAAAUGCUGGUACAUUGUUUGGUGGACAACAGCCGCAACAACAACAAACCAAUACAUUUGGUACACAAUCAGCUUUUGGUGGUGGAACAUCUUUAUUCGGCAAUACAGCAUCAACUAAUCAACAAACUGGCCAAACACAAAAUUCAUUAUUUGCCAAUGCUAAUCGUUUUGGAACGACAACUACAUUCGGUCAAAAUACCGGAUUAGGUGGAACAAUGACAGCAGCAGCAACAGGUACUACAAUUAAAUUCCAACCACAAACAUCAACAGAUACUAUGGUUAAAAAUGGUCAAACACAAAGUACAAGUAUUAAUAUACGUUUACAAUGUAUUACUUGUAUGCGUGAAUAUGAAACAAAAUCAUUGGAAGAAUUACGUUUAGAAGAUUAUUUAGUUGGUCGUAAAGGACCACAACAACAGCAACAGCAAACAACUGGAUUAUUUGGAUCAUCUGGAAUUGGUAAUCCAACUGGAACUUCUGCAUUUGGUACCGGAGGUUUAGUUAGUUCACAACCAAAUGCAUUUGGACAAACAUCAACUGGUAGUGGUGGUUUAUUUGGUAAUCAACAAAAACCAUUUGGUUCAAUUGCACCAACUACAGCAUCAACAACAUCAAUAUUUAAUUCUGGUUUAUCAACCGGCGGUACAACUGGAUUAUUUGGUCAAAAUACAACACAACCUGCUUUUGGUCAAACUAAUGAUAAUAAAUCUUCGUUAAGUUUUUUCGGACAACAACAGCCUGGUGGUUCGACAACAACUCAACCAUUUUCAUUUGGUCAAACUAAUACAACAUUAGGCGCAAAUCAACAAUCAUCAUCAUUGUUUGGUAAUACUGGUACAACUAGUUCGAUUUUUGGUGGUCAAAAUACUUUAUCAGCAAACAAACCAAUGUUUGGUAAUAGUAGUUUACAGCCAUUUGGUCAAACACAACCCCAACAACAACAAACUGGCACUAGUCUUUUUGGUGCUACAAAUACGACUACAGGUCAAACUGGUGGUGGAAUUUUUGGUUCAAGCGUUUCACAACCAUCAUUAUUUAAUUCAAAUCAAUCAACAUUAGGUAAAACGGGCGCAUUUUCAUUUCCAGCCACACAAACAUCAUUGAAUCAAACUUCAACAUUUAAUCCAACAUCGAAUACAACUUCAUUGUUUGGUAAUACUGGAUCUACGGCUGUUAAUGCUUUUGGUACUGGUACUAGUUCCGGAUCAUUAUUCGGUUCGAAUACACUUGGUGGAACAAGUAAUUUCAGUUCAUUUGGUAAUGUUGGUCAAACUGGUACUCAACCAUUUGGUAGUAAUACAAAUACUGGUUUUAAUAUGGGUGGUGGAACAACAUCAACUGGUUCAGCAUUUGCAUUUGGUUCUGGUACAGGUGGUGGUCUCACGACCAAUACAUUUGGACAGAAUCUUGGUGGCGGUGGCCUUUCAACGACAACUGGAAGUUUUUUCGGUAAUCCACUGAAUCAGUCUUCCGGUAUGCAACAAAUGAAUAAUUUUGGAACUGCGACAACAGGCAAUAAUGUUGCUAAUAAUAAUUCAAAUGCUCAAUGUUCAAUCAAUCAAGAACAAAUAAUGACACGUUUAAAAACAAUGCCAUACGGUACAUUACCACCAAUUUUAUCGGAUAAUUCAUUCGCUAGUAAUUCGAAAACAAAAUUUACAACCGAUCCGAAAACAUUAAAUCAAUAUAAAUUGAAUGCAAAAUCAUCGAAUGAAGUGAAUAAAAUUCAACGUAUUCCAGUAUCGGGCAAACCAACAACAUUGCUGUUUGAUGGACUUGAUGAUGAAAGUCCAGAUAAUUUAAAAACUGCAUCAGAUAUUUUUAAACCACGGCAAAAUAUUAAGAAAUUGGUUUUGAAUAAAUCAUCUUCAACAGGCUCGAAUAAUACUACUAAUAACCAACAAUAUUCGGCAACAAUUUUUAAAACUUCAACAUUGACCAAACAACCACAAUCAUCUCAAAAUAAUAAUAAUAAUGUAUCCGAUUCAUCUUUUGAUCAAGAAAAAAAUCAAUCACCACGAAAUUCUUCAUCAUCAACAAUAGUAGCUUUCAAUGAUAAAGAUAUAUCACCAAUCAAUAAUACAACUAUUGAUCUAUUGAAUGGGAAACAAACGAUUGCUGCUUCUUCAUCUUCUACUAAAGAAAAUCAUCAUAAUACAACAAGAAAAAGUCUAGAUAAUUCAUCAAUAUCAUCGCCGGAAAAUUCAUUUUCAAAUCUUUAUCGACGAUUAAAUUUUUCAUCGGCAACGAUGAUGAUGGGUGGCGAUGAAAGAUCACCAAUCAAUCAAAAAUCAUCGAUGGCCAAUUAUGUUAUACCAAAAUGUGGUGUUAUUCUAACACGUACUGAUUAUUAUACAAUUCCAUCAUUAGAUGAAUGUGAUCAAUAUUAUAAUUCAGAUGAUGAUAGUUGUGUGGUUGAAUCAUUUACAGUUGGUCGAUUAGAUUAUGGUUCAAUUUAUUGGCCUGGACCAUUAAAUAUUAAAGGAAUUAAUUUGGAUGAAAUUGUUCAUAUUCGACGAAAAGAAGUUAUUGUUUAUCCAGAUGAUGAUUUGAAACCACCUGAAGGUGAAGGAUUAAAUCGUCCAGCACAAAUAACAUUAGAUCAAGUUUGGCCAAUUGAUAAAACUACAAGAGAAUUUAUUCAAGAUCCUGAACGUUUACGUUCAAUGAAAUAUCCGGAACGUUUAGAAAAAGUUACAAUAAAAUUAGGUGCAACAUUUAAAGAAUAUCGUCCUGAUACUGGAUCAUGGGUUUUUCAUGUUAAACAUUUCAGUAAAUAUGGUCUGGAUGCUGAUGAAGAUGAUGAUAAUGGUGAUGAACCUGUCUCAAAAGCAGCAAAAGCAGAUCAACAAAAAUUAACUGAUCCAAAUGCUAAACAACAAUCACAACAAACUUUGGUUAAACAAACCUAUGAUAUGAAUGGCGAAAAAUUAAAUGCCCAUCUAAAUGGUUAUCAUUCGAAUGAAUUAGAUCAUGAUCAAAUGGUGAAUGAUAAUAAUAAUAUCAUCAGUCCAAGAUAUGAUUCACCAUUGUCAUUUGAUCAUAAUAAUCAAACAAAACAUUAUGGUGGUUUAUUGUUUGAUGAUGAUUGUCAAAAAAAUGAUGAAUAUAAUUUAAUGCGUUCAGCAUUGUUUGUUGAACAUGAAAAUGAUGAUAAUGAUGAAAUUGAAACAAUGUCGAAAAAAUGUAAAAAUUUAUCAUUUACAAAAUUAUCAUCAGUAACAACUGCCAGUCAAGUAAUACCGGGCACAAGUUUAUCAUCAUCGCUAUUUCCAGCCCGUUUUCUUAAAGCAACCAUACCGAAAAAACGACGAUUAUUAUUUCAACAACAACAACAACAAUGUUGUCCACAACAAAAAUCAAAUGCAUAUUCAAUUUGGAAUAGUGAAUAUCCAAAAGUACGUUUUGCUAAUGGAUCGAAUAAAUUUUCAUUGAUUGUUGGUAAUGAUGUUUUGAUUUUUAAUUUGGAUCUUCUUGGAUUGAAUGAUGAUAAUCAUCAAACACAAUCCGAAUCGAUUGAAAAAUUGGAAUUACAAUUUGAUUCACAUUCUACUGUUGAAAUUAUUGAUGAUCAACAAAUGCAACAACAACAACAUUUUGAAGAACAAAAAUUCAAAAUACCACCAUUAAUUCGUACAAAUGCUUAUAGUUUAAAUUCAAUGAUUGAUUCAAAUUUAAAUUUAUUGAUUGAAGCAUUAUAUGGUGAAUUAAGUGAAACAACGGAUUAUGCACGACAUCAAGAACGUUUACGACGUAUAUUGAAAUGGUUAUAUAAUUAUAAUAAAACAUUACCUGUUCCGAAAAAUUCAUAUGAUCGUAUUGUUCAUUUUUUGACUACAAAUGAAUUGGAAUUUGCCGUUACCGAAUGUAUUAAUUCAAAAUUACCACGUUUAUCGUAUCUUAUUUCAUGUGGACCAAAUUGUCGAAAAGAAUUGAUUAUGGCACAAUUGGAUCUUUGGAAAAGAUCUGAAUCGGAUCAAUUUAUUGAAAAAAAAUUAUUAAAAAUUUAUUGUAUUUUAAGUGGAUUAUCAUCAUGGACAACAAGUAAUGGUCAAAUAAUUGAUACAUUAGAUGGGAUUGAAUGGACACAACAAUUAACAUUAUUGUUAUUGUAUAAAUCACAUCAAGGCGUGGAAAUGAUUGGUACGAAUCUAGUUCGUCAAGCCAUUCAAGAAUUAACCAUUCAUCCAAAUAAUGUUGAAUAUCAUAUGCUUGCACAACAUCAACCAUGGUUAGCUAUAACAUCGGCCGAUAAUUAUCUUGAUUCAUGGCUUUUACAAGAACAACUACAAAGUUAUAAUGUAAUUGUUGAAGAUAUUUCAACAAAUAAAUGUGAUUCUAUUAAUAUUUUUAUGGCUUCACAAUGUCCACAAUUGUAUUGGUCAUUAUUUUUUGCUCUUCAUAUUCGUGAUGAUUAUCUUCGAACAUUUUAUGUAAAAGAAUUAUUAAUAAGAAAUGCUAAACAAUUGAUGGAUGAUCCAGAUUUGGAACAAUCAUUACGGGAAAAAUAUUAUAUCGAUUCAUGUUUAUUAUCCGAAGCUAAACUGUAUUGGUCACGUACUAAAAGAUAUUAUCAUCAUAUAGCAACGAAUCUUUUGUUGAUUGGUCAAUAUAAACAAUCACAUGAUGUAUUUGUUGAUAGAAUUUUUCCUGAAUUAGUUAUCAAUGAAGAUUAUAAAGAAAUUCGUUUAUUAAUUGGUAAAUUACAUCCAUAUCAACAUUUAAUACCGAAUUGGAAUAUAAAUGGUGCCGGUAUUUAUGAUAUAUUUAUUCAGCUACUUUGUUUUGGACAAUCAAAUGAUAAUGAAGAUGGCGAUGAUGAUGAUUCUCAUCUACAACAUUAUCGUAAAUUGAUUGAAAAUUUUAAUGUUCAUCAACUUCGUACACCAACAAAUCGUCAUGUUUUAUGUCAAAGUCAAAUGGCUAGAGUGGCCAAUAUUAUUCAUGCCGAAUUAAAUCGAGGAAUGUAUGCCUAUCAUACUUCAGUACCACAAGAUUAUUCUCUACUGGAAUUACGUUCAAAUACAAAUAAAUUAUUUGAAUUAAAAACAACUGCUGCUGCCACCAUUAAUGUUCGAUCAUGAUGAUGAUUUUCUCAAUUUCUUUUUUUUACACAUUGCUUUUGAUAAUGAUUUUUUUUUCUCUCAACAAAACAAAACACAAACAAAGAUUAUAUUUGCAUUCAUCUAAUUUCC